CUCCCUCGGUUCUUUCCACUCAUCUUGCGCUCAUCUCGCUGUAAUGAACGCGAUUCAAAGAACCUCUGCCUACAUAAGACAAAGCUAUUCGUUGUCGCAGCAAUGCAAACACUAGAACAGACCGGGUUGUGCGGUAGCUGCCACUGUGGCGCGCUCACCUACAUCGCUACGUCUAUCCCAACAUCCACCGGCUACUGUCACUGUACGAAGUGCCAACGGUUAACAGGCGGACCAUUCGUACCGACUGUCCAUUUCCCGCUAGAAUCCGUCGCUUUCUGCGCUACUCCGGACUCUGCAUUGCACACGUAUACGCCAGCAUCGCACCCACACGAGACUCGCUACAGAUGCAACAUCUGCGGCGUCGGGGUCGGAUCUGUGAACAAGAAAGAGGGACAUACCGCUGUGUGGGGCGGAACUUUGACGCGGAUACCAGUCGCGGGUGAAGAGAGCGCGGGGAGGAUAGCGAUGUGGGAGAAGAUAAGUCCGGUCUUGCACUACCACUACGGAGAACGGAUGCUGGACAUCAGGGACGGACUGAGGAAGUACCGCGACAGGGUCCCAGAGGACGUCGGUGCACCGGGCUCGUGCAGCGUGCAGGGAGGAGACGCGGAUGAGACAAGCGACGCCGCGAGCGAAGACGCGUCGGACGAGGCGGCUGGGGAACAGCUGAGUGGUGGUUGUUUCUGCGGGCAGAUCUCUUAUACAUUCUCUGCGACCGACGUCCUCAGGACGGCGUACUGUCACUGCACACAGUGCCAAAAGCUUACUGGCUGCCCGUUCAUCCAUACCAUCCAUCUGCGCUCUUCUGCCGUCGCAUUCGCACUGCCGUCAUCCGCCGCGACCGUUCACACUUCGUCGUCAACCAUCCCCGCUUCGCAAAUCGAACUCGUCUCGCUGCCGCACGUACUGCGCGCAUAUAACACACCAUUGAAACCGCACAAGACACGCCUACGCUGCGCGACGUGCGGGACGUGUGUGGCAUCAAUGAACAGCCUGACGGGAACGACGUCCGUUUGGGGUGUCCACCUCGCACGUUCGCCCAGCGGACGGAUUUGCGAAUGGGAUAAGGUGCGUCUCGUCCGUCCCUACGUACAGAGCAUUGCACGGGACACAUCGAUUGACGGAAACAUCAUUCAAUCCAGCAGGUAAGUGGCACACAAGAAA